AUGGACCGGUCUGAGGCCACGCGACUGUUGACCGGUUGCGAGAACGGCACCUUCUUGGUGCGUAUUUCCAAGAACCUCCAGCGCGCCGGCGAGUACUCACUCAGUGUGGUCUACAACCAUCCGAGGCACAUUCGCAUACAGCGGACUUCCCCCUCCAUAGAGUCUGGAGUGAUGUACUAUCUUUGCCGGCCACAGCGCUUCCCAUCCAUCGCGGUGAGUUAUCACAAUUCAGCUACCACAUUGUUCUCUGUGAGAGUAUACAAGAAAAGAUGGUGGUGGUGGUCGCUUGCUUGCGGGUUUCCAUAUACAACUGUAUCUUAUUGA